UCAGGGGGCAUUGAAGCCAGUUCUCAGACCACGUCUCAGGAGCUUCUCAUUCCAAACGACCUGAUUGGCUCCAUCAUCGGACGUCAGGGCACCAAGAUCAACGAGAUCCGGCAGGUUUCUGGAGCUCAGAUAAAGAUCGGCAGUCAGCUGGACAGCACCAGUGAUCGUCACGUCACCAUCACCGGCACGCCCAUCGCCAUCAACCUGGCUCAGUACCUGAUCACUUCAUGUUUAGAGACCGCCAAAUCCACCGCCCAGUCCUCCUCCAUGCCGUCUCCCGUUGACCUGACCAUGAGCUUCACCCAGCCCGCCCCCCCUGCCUCGUCCUCCUCCUCCUCCCCCCUGGCAGCGAUGGGCGGCACGAUGCCCCACGCUCCCCUCCUGGGGGCCCCCUACGCCUUUCCCCUCUCCAGCCUCCUGGGAGUGAAAUCCAUCCCCUACCUGGCCCUCUCCAGCCCUCCUGCCUCAGCGGCGGCGGCGGCGGCCAUUGGGGCUCCCUUGUUACCAGGCUCAAUGCAGACGGCAGCGACCGCAGGCGUCCCGGCUCAUGCGGUGGCGGCCCUGGCGUCCUACACGGCUAAGAUCUCCUCCUCAGCCAACGGGAUGAAGAAGCCGGAGCGACAGAAGUUUGCUCCGUACUGAAGAGGAAACGUCACUGAGGUAUCUGGUCUCAGACUGAGGGCAGUUUCUUUUUCCUUCUUCAUCACUUUUGACCUUUUCUGUCUUUGUCCCUUUCCUCCAUUUUGACUGUUUCUCUGUGGAAGUGGGAUCACUGGGAGGAGUCUGUCUCUGAUGAGUCACAGUUCACGUCGAAGAGCAGCUCCUCUUCACUAACUCCUCUGACUUUCACAAUAAAAGCCUCCCUCUGGGUUCCUGGUGGAAGCUUUUAUUGUGAAGCGGCAGAAGAUGAGCCCGACCCGCUCGUCAGCCAGAAAAAUAGUUUGUUAAACUCAGGAACCGAGUUUGGUUCUAAUGGGAACUGAACAUAAUCUGAAACUAAACAUCCAACCUCAGAGACUCAGGAGGACGAUAGAGACACAGAGACUUUUAGAGACAGAAGAGACGGAUAUGAAGACUCUGUCCUUCAGCGUUAAACACUUUUAAUGGUUGAAACAAACAGACCUGAAAAAUCUACUGACCAAUCAGAGCAGACUAUCGGGGGGGUCUUAAAGAGACAGCCUCUAAAACCAAGUGUUUGAGACAGAGGCUGAACAGAGGAGCUGCAGCGAUGGACGGUCUGAACUUUAGAGCAUGAAAACAUUUGACGUUAUUAUAAUUAUAUAACAAUCAAACUGAAAACGUCUCCUAUAAAAAUGUGAUGAAGAUUCAGACGCUGUCGAAAAAACUUCCUGUGAUUUAUUCAACAGUGAAAAUUUACUUUCAGGAGAUAAAAUGUUUCAUCUCAUGAAUUUUGUUUUAAUCUUUGAGGUGAUUAAAGUCGUGUGUUAAAAUCCUUUAGAGACAAAACAUCACUUUGAUUUAAUGAGAAAAAAUCCGACUCAGUAGAAUCUCAGUUUUAUUUUCCAGUUAUCCCACUUUCACGUCUCACUGAACUUUGUGUGUGUCUGGGAGUUUUGUUUUUGACGCUGCCCUCGUCGGAGCGAGACGACGAUUCUGAGAUUUGAGUUGAUUUGGGCCACGAAGCCUCUAAAAGCCAUAAAGACUUUUCAGCUUUUCCUCCCCCGCUCCUUUAUUCUACUGUGUACUCACAUAUUUAUUGACUAAUAUGAAAUAUUCCCUCAGAGAAUUUAUAUCACUGGUCACUAACACUGAGCUGAACGACUCGGCUUUUGUAUACAAUGAUGUCGACUUGUAUAAAACUACUUCCUGUCUGCUUCCUGUCUCUUUUUUAUUUCUUUCGUUUGUUGUAAAGAGUUUUUUAAAACAUACAACGGAUUUUAAAAGUUUCUCUCUUCCUGUGUUUACAGUCUGUUUUGUUUUCAUUCUCAGUUCUCAUUUUAAAAUGUGUUGUUUAAAUUAUUUUUUUAACUUAUUAAAGGAGUAUUACAUUUACAGUUUUAGAAAAAAAACUUUUCCAACAUGGCUGCAGGUAAACACUGUAAAACUCUUCUUGUUUUUUUUAGUUGUGUGAACAAAGAAUAAUCAUUUCCUCUGUAUCAUUGAUGCUAAUAACCAGAUGUUUUGUUAGAUAGAAGAGUUGUGUUUUCACAUGUGAGCUCAAACUGGACGUUUUAACACACACACACUCUCUGAGCGUAAACUCGUCGACCUUCAGCCACAGAACUAGAAUCAAGUAGAUCCACUUCCUGUCUGCGCAGAGGAAGUGAUGAUGAUGUCACUGCCAUGUGAGGAUCUAACGAUGACCUCGUCACAUCUGAGCAGAAAUAUCAGAUUCAUGAAAAUUAUU